UUAUUAAACAAACUUCAAUGAUGUCCCAAAUAGAAAAAACAAAAAUUAACCUUCAAUUACCAAAAUGCCCGUUGAAUUAUAAGUUAAUGUGCACCAGCGAGCAAGCUUUCCUUUCUUUCUCCAGCUUUCUCAUAGGGCCUUUCUUCACUACUCUUCGUCGCCAUUUAUAAGAAAACCUCAAGCCCCAACUAUUUCCCUCUCUACUCUCUUUCUCUCUCUAAACCGAUAAUACCUUCUGAUUUUUGAAUCUUCUUCAUCGGACGGUGAAGGAUGGGCUUGUUGAAGAGUCGAAAAUGAGAAGAUAGAAAAGAAGGAAUUAUGCGAACACUUUGCGACGUUUGUGAGAGUGCCGCUGCGAUCCUUUUCUGCGCCGCAGACGAGGCUGCUCUUUGCCGUCCUUGCGACGAAAAGGUCCACAUGUGUAACAAGCUUGCUAGUCGGCAUGUACGGGUUGGGCUUGCUGACCCUAGUGAGGUCCCCCGUUGUGAUAUAUGUGAAAAUGCACCUGCUUUCUUUUACUGUGAGAUCGAUGGGAGUUCCCUUUGCCUGCAAUGCGAUAUGAUUGUACAUGUUGGAGGUAAAAGAACACAUGGAAGAUAUCUCCUUCUGAGGCAAAGAAUUGAGUUUCCAGGGGAUAAAAUUGGCCUUUUUGAUGAGGUAGGUUCGCAACCUGUUGUUCCAGGUGAAAUAAGGAGAGAACAAAAUCAGCCAUCUAAGACUACAACAAGAGAGAGACCGCAAAAUCACAGGACAUCUGUUCCAGUGCCGCACACCAAUACUGAUGGUUGUGGCAAGAUGGGCAAUAAUAUGAUUGAUCUUAAUUCCAGGCCCCAACGUAUACAUGGGCAGUCUUCAAAUCACCAGUUAAGUAACUCGAUAAGAAUUGUGCCUGCUGUUGUAUUAAGGAACAUGGAAUGGAUGUUCUGAGCGGGACUAAUUAUGAAUCUGCAAGCGUGGUUCCCGUUAGAUCUCUAGAAAGAGAUUUUGAAAAGUAAUUAAGAUCUUGUGGAAAAGUUUCUUUCAUGCUUGUUGACUGAACAAGGGUCUCUGCUCUUCCGAUUGGGUUAGAUGACGAGAAUUUGUAUUUUUAUCAACUAAACUUCGUAUUGUUCUCGGAACGAAUUAGAAUUGUAAUUGUUAGUGGUACCCGUUGCAUAACUUCAGAUUCUUUUUGCUUUGUUUUUUGGAAAAUUUCAAUGUUUGUGUAGUUGAACUGAGAAAUUAUGUAAUGAGGUGACAUAUCCAGUUUAAGUUAAGAAAAGUAAAUGAAUCUAUAAUUUAACUUUA